AUGAAUCAGCUGUGGCUGGAGCUGGAGCGUCUGGAUAAGCAAGCAAAGGCGAUUGCCUGGCUGCUCAAACCACUGGGCACGAUUAGGGUAAAUGUGAAGAACUACAUCGGGCCACUCAUGAAUGAAAGCAAAAGAAGAGAGAAUUCUGGAGGCAGAGGUACAAUCAGAUCAGCUGUGAACAGCUUACAUAGCAAAUCUAAUAGAGCUGAAGUUGUAAUAAACGGCUCUUCACCGCCAGCUGUUGUUGACAGAAGCAAUGAAAGCAUUAAACAUAGCAUCCAGCCAGCCCCGUCCAGAUGGAGACACAACCAGACACUCUCUCUGAGAAUCAGGAAGCAAAUUUUAAAGUUCUUGGAUGCAGAGAAGGAUAUUUCUGUCCUUAAGGGGACCCUGAAGCCCGGAGACAUUAUUCACUAUAUCUUUGAUCGAGACAGCACAAUGAACGUGUCCCAGAACCUCUAUGAACUCCUACCAAGAACCUCCCCCCUGAAGAAUAAGCAUUUCCAGACUUGUGCCAUCGUGGGCAACUCAGGGGUCUUGCUGAACAGCGGCUGUGGGCAGGAGAUUGACACACACAGCUUUGUCAUAAGAUGCAACCUGGCUCCAGUUCAGGAGUAUGCCCGGGAUGUGGGCCUCAAAACAGACCUAGUGACCAUGAACCCCUCAGUCAUCCAGCGAGCCUUUGAGGAUCUGGUGAAUGCCACAUGGCGGGAGAAACUGCUCCAGCGGCUGCAUGGCCUCAAUGGCAGCAUCCUGUGGAUCCCUGCCUUCAUGGCCCGGGGUGGCAAGGAACGUGUGGAAUGGGUCAACGCUCUCAUCCUGAAGCACCACGUCAACGUGCGCACGGCUUACCCUUCCCUGCGCCUGCUGCAUGCAGUCCGAGGAUAUUGGCUGACCAACAAAGUCCACAUCAAAAGACCAACCACUGGCCUCUUGAUGUACACCCUGGCCACACGCUUCUGCAAUCAAAUCUACCUCUAUGGUUUCUGGCCCUUUCCACUGGAUCAGAAUCAGAACCCCGUCAAGUACCACUAUUAUGACAGCCUCAAGUACGGCUAUACCUCCCAGGCUAGCCCCCACACCAUGCCCUUGGAAUUCAAGGCCCUCAAGAGCCUACAUGAGCAGGGGGCAUUGAAACUGACUGUUGGCCAGUGUGAUGGGGCUACGUAAGGAGGGCGGCCCAUGGGACUCAGUAGCUCACUUUCCUGCCAGCUACACCACAGGCAGAUGGGAGUCGGGGUGGCACAAACAAUAGAACAAGCAGGCUAGUGGUUUUCUUUGUUAAAGUGUAAAACAGUGACCAGAAUAUAUAUAUCUAUACCUGCAUAUAUAUAUUGACCUGAGUAUUUAUAACUGUGUGGUGUUCAUCUAGCAUUAGGCAGAUAAGCCACAGGAAGAAGGUGUGGAGAACCCACCUGGACCAGAUGGAGACUCAGUUCAUCUUUGGGGGCAGAAGUACUUGACAUGCAAAGAAGCCCAGUCCCAUGACUUUGGAUGACAACCUGUCUCCUGGGCUGGAUGGAUCUUUGGGCUCAUGGCUGAAUGGAGAGCCACCUGUUGUCAGCUUCCCCGAACCUCUGAGUGAUGUGGAUUCUGGGUAGCCCAGACCCAGAGAGGACAGCUUGGACCAGUCUUAAGAGGUGCAGUUCAUGGAGGAGAGACUUUGGAGAGUUCCACUGGGCAAAGAGGGAAAAGGAGACCAAGCAGCAGAGGUCACACCAGAGCUGAAGGCCUUGUUCAUGAACUUGAGAGUGCAACUGUUCAAAGGACAAGCACAGAUGGCACAUGUGUCCCAGACAGGCCUUCACAGCUAUGGAGAAAGCUCAAUGGACAGCCCUGUGUUCUGGCUUGACAAGUACC